GCUCUUUUUAAGAUUGCUUGAGUACAUCAAUUAGGAUUGGGGAAACUUAUCAAUAUUUUACCAAAUAAUUUUUUUCUAAUACAUUUUAGUACAUCUUAUUCGGUUAGUACAUUUUUUUUAAACUUAGUGCUUUUAAAGUUUAGACUUUCAGGAACUUUUAUUUUGGCGGGUGUUGAAAGCUUGAUUCUAACCUGGAAAUAGUAAACAUUACCAGACGCGGGAAUUUCUUUCAGCUUUUAAAAUAUUAUAAUAAUAUAACAUAUUUCUCUAAGGUUUGUGAGUCUAAAUAUGCUGAAGACCAGACUCUAAGGCAGAGUCAUGAGAUACAAUGGACUGGGAGAAACUUGAACUGAAUCCAAAGAUUAUUAAUGCUUUAAAAAAAGCCAAUGUGAACUCAGCGAAAAAGAUUCUGAGUCUUCCAGCUCCUGAUCUGCAGAGACUCCUUCAGCUGUCUAACUCUGAGGUCCAGCUGGUGCUCACUGCAGUAGCUGCUCUUUACCGCUCAGUCCCACCUGUUACAGCUUUACAGCUGACACGUGGAGAAUUUCCCUCUUUGGAGCCUGGACAUAGGCUUUCAUUCGCUUGUCCUGUUUUGGAUGGUCUCUUGCAUGGUGGCCUUCCACUGCAUGGGAUAACGGAGUUAGCAGGAGAGAGUGCUGCUGGAAAGACCCAGUUCGGUCUGCAGCUCUCUUUGUCCGUCCAGUAUUCACGCGAGCAUGGGGGACUUGGGGCAGGAGCUGUAUAUAUCUGCACUGAAGAUCCUUUUCCCAUCAAACGGUUGAGACAGCUAAUUACCCAGCAGUCUCGGCUUCGUCCAGAUGUUCCACCGGCUAUGAUCCGCACCAUCCGCUUCAGUGACAACAUCUACAUUGAACACACUGCAGACCUGGAAGCCCUGCAGACAUGUGUGACACAGCGAGUGCGCACACUGCUGGAGCGAGGUCUAGUGCGCCUCAUCGUGGUGGACUCAGUGGCUGCUCUGUUUCGUACUGAGUUCCAGGCUGAUGAGGCCAUAGAGAGAGCGCGUCACCUACUGGCCUUCUCCGCCACACUACAUCGACUCAGCCAUACGUAUAGUGUACCUGUUUUCUGCAUUAACCAGGUGACGGAUGUUGUGGAUGGCCCAAACCCAGGCCGCUGUGAUUACGGGCUGGUGGAAAGUAAGGUGCUCCCUGCUCUGGGUAUUAUUUGGGCCAAUCAGGUGAUGGUGCGUCUCAUGCUGAGGAGACACGAACGCUGUUUAAGAUCAGGGGAGCAGACCAGUGCUGCCCGCAAAUUAGAAGUGGUUUUUGCUCCUCAUCUGGCUCGAGCGAGCUGCCUGUGUGGAGUCUGGGAAGAAGGAGUUAGAGGAAUCACACAAGAAGGAGUCAUGGAAUAGGCUCAGGCAGUGUCAAGAUAAACAAACGAAUAAACAUUAGAAUACAAAUUGAAGAAGGAUACUCAAUGUUUUUGUAUACAUGUAUCUUUGAUUUAGUUAAUAAACUAUAUGUUAUAUUGAUAGUUAUUAUUAUAUUUCAGUAAACACCUGUCUGAUGAUGAGUACUAUUCCAGUCAAGGCAACUUUAUAUGUAUAAUGCCUUUCACAAUUAAAAUUCUCAAAGCAGCUUCACAAAGGAUUAAAAAAACAGAAAAGUAUAUUCAUUAACUCGUUCAGUUUCUGUUCAGUCCUUCUGGUGAGGAUCAUGUUGGCAACAGGCUGACAAGGUGAGUCCAAACAUUAUAUCCACCUACAUAUACCAGCUUCUCCUCAGAGAUCCCCAGACAUUCCCAAGCCAACUGUGAGAUCUAAUCCCUCCAGUGUGUCCUGGGUCUGUUCCGGAGAGUCAGUGUAGGAGCAGACCAGGGGGAAUUAUAAUGAACUACCUCAAAAUGGUUUCAUUUGUUUUGUUUUGUUUUUUGUUAAAUUUAUUCAUUUAUUUUUCUUUUGCCUUUUUUCUUUCGUCCUCUUCUUCUAUCUAUACUAAUUGGAGUGGGAGGGGUUUGGGUUGUUCUUUUUUUUUUUUCUUGGUUUGGUGAUUGUAUUAGGAAUAGCUGUAGCACCAUGUUAUUCUCUUUCUAUGUUAUUUAUUUGAUUUAGUGGUUAGCACUGUUUCCUUGCACCUCCGGGGUUGGGGGUUCGAAUCUUCUCCGUGUGCUUCGGGGGUUUCCUCUGGGUACUCCGGUUACCUCCCCCAGGCCAAAGACAUGCGUUGUAGGCUGAUUGGCAUUUCCAAAUUGUCUGUAUUAUGUGAGUGUGUGUGCAUGAUUGUGCCCUGUGAUGGGUUCGCACCCCAUCCAGGGGUGUGCCUUGUGCCCCAGGUUGCCUGGGAUAGGCUCCAGGCUCUGCCAUGACCCUGUGUAGGAUAAGCGUGGAUGGAUGGAGUACUGGAAGAAAAAGUAAAUUGCUUUAAUUGUAUUAAAUAUAAAUGCUUUCCCUAAUAAAAAAAGAUGAAACAAAAAAAAAGCACGCUAACAUAAAGUAACACACCACAAAAUGAAAGUGUAAAAAAGAAAAACAAAUGAGAAAAUUCAUCUCAGAACAUCAGGAACCCCUCUGUAGUGAACUAAACAUGUGACAUCUACAGAGGUGCCAAAAUCCAUGGUUUAGCUGCACAUUUUGGAUUUUUGAAGCUGUUUCUUUCCGAUAAAUAAGUGGUCAGACCAAGCAAAUAAAAUUCACCCGACAGAAAAGGCCAUUCACUAAAUCCCAGAUACCAAGUCAAAAUUCUGAGACAAAGUCAUAAUUUUGAGAUAAGUCAUAACUACGACAUAAAAAGUCAGAAUUAUAACAAGCCAAUUUUGAGAUAAGUCAUAAUUUCUAUACAAUAGGUCAUAAUUAUGUCAAAAGUUAUAAUUGUGAGAUAAAAGGUCACAACUCGUAAUUUCAAGAUACUAUAAGAGAUAAGUCAUGCUUUCGAGAUACUAUAAGAGAUAAGUCAUAAUUUUGAGAUUCUGUUGGUAUUGUUAGAAGGCAUGCAGACACUCUAUGGUUUUUGUGGUAAAACUUUUUUUCUCUCUGUCUGUAGGAUUUUCCUGUUAGCAAUGUACCCCUGCAUCAAAAUGUGCUAAAAUGUACGUAAUGCUGACCAGCAGAGAGCGCUCUGUCUCCAUGAACCUCAUUCACUGUAUUUAUCCAAAUCAGAGCAGGAUGUCAUUGAUUAUCUGCUGUACACUGGUUAUUUGUUUCUUCCUGCAUAAUUGCUGAGAUGGAUAGACUGAUCUGGCAGCUCAGUGACAGUUUGAUCCAUACCACAACAGUCACUGUCACUUGUAUUUGGGGACAUGGUGCCCCUGGGACACAGACAGCAGACAGUAAAUACAGAAGUUAAACCAUGUGUCGGAGUUUUUUCAUUGAAAUGACUGUUCUGGGAAUAAUAAAUCACUCAACCCCCCAAAAAAGACUAUUACAUUCCACUGGUCCUGUAUUGUAAUCAUGUAUAUGAGAGUAAGAGGUCAUAAAGGGUCUGUCCUCUCGCUGAUCCUGCCUUUUGUUGUGGGUGGACAGUAAGGAUGGACCCUGAUGGACUGGUGUAGGUAGCAGCUGCCAAUCUAACAGUCUGCCUAUUAGGCAGCAGCUGAGUGAUCCGUUUUUAAAACCCAUGGGAGUGGGGUUUGAUUCAGCAUCGUGCUCUGUACAGGUCAAAGAAAAGAGAAAUAACCUUGAGUCAUCCCACGCUAUCUGAUUUGGGAGUGUGUGUAGGUGUGUUUGUGUGGUGUAGCUAUACAUGAGAGAUUUUGUUCUGUGUGAUAAACAUGAAAAACAAUUAAAUGUGAGUGCUUGUCGUUUGCUCCUUUUUAGAAUUCAGAGAUGAAGAGGAUACUGGCUAAUAAAAACUGACUACUGACUGAUACACCCUCAGUAAAACAAAGUCACUUGAAAAAUAUUCUGUUUACAUAUUUUAAAGCUUUGGGGAUUAUUAUUUUCAUAUUUUUUUCUGUACCUCCACCACUAUUCUCUCUUAGUCCUCUGCUUGUAUUCAGUCACUUUUGUAUUAUGACUUUUG